UCUCUACUCCGAAUGAACUUGGACGGAAGCAACCUGACUGCUUUGCACUUGAAGGGCUACAACAACCGAGGUGUCUAUGUUCUGACUGUAGACACCCACAAGAAGAGGAUCUACUACAGCAGUUGGGACUUGAGAAACGCAGUUCCGUUUAUAGAUUCUUGUGACUACGAAGGGAAAAAUGAGAAAAACAUUCCGAUCGGAGACAGAUGGGGAGAAAUACAUGCCGUGGACGUGUUUCGGGACAUCCUGUACUUUGGUCACUUCAAGCGUGGUCAGUCUGACGAGGUGUGGAGUGUGGACUUGACCAACCCGACACCGACUCCCAUCCUGGUCAAAACUGUGGAGAAGGGUUUUCUGGGAUUCAAGACAUAUCAUCCCGAUGUACAAAAGGAGUGUAAGCGGCAGGAACCAAUAAAGUAAUUCUUUGGCAUAUUAGCAACAAAACAUCU